UUCGUUUCGGGGCAUUUUUUAGAAAAUGCCAUUUUUUUUUUCUGCAAGGGGAUGCAAAAAGAGUUUCUGUCACUUCUCAAACACUCUGCCUCUUUAGGUGCUGUCUUUUUGUCCAAUAACGACGUGACCUGCUUCUGAUUCAUCUAAAUAGUUACAGCAUUUUCCUCCUGCUGUCGCUUUUAUUUUCACUUUCUGAUCCAGCCUUUUGUUGCCUCUGUGAUCAUCUGUUUUUCCAAACUGUUGCUGCCACUCGUGUGGAGAUGAUUUUGGUUCUUCAUUAAAAAGGUUCGCUUUAAACGUCCGAUCCCAAUUCUUGCAGAAGUUGGACGGAUGGGAUUGUUUCGGAAGUGAAGGUGCCUCUCAUCACUUGGACAGGCUCUCCUUUGUGCAGCAGGGGGGCCAGUGUGAGGAGGAGGAGGCGGUGGUGAUGCUGAUGCUGCCGGUGGACGGUGGGCUUGUCGCGAAGCUCGCUGCCGGAUGUGUUGACGCGCAUUUCUGAUCCAUCUCCUUGAUUAAACCGGGGAGCCCGGCGGAAUGAGAGCAGCCCGACCCGCGUCGUCCUCCUCCUCAUCAUCAUCAUGCUGCCAUCGACCACCGGCCGUCCAUUUUACGCGAUCCUAUGAGUCGAUUAUCGCCCCUCCGUCCGGCCGCAGCUGCCCCGACCCAGACAGCAUAAACCAACGCCUCCACGCAGCCCCAGACGGGGAAUGAAAACACUCCCAAGAUGGUCCGCAUCGCCAAGGCCCUGGGUUUGGUCAUCCUGUGCGUCGUAGUGCUGGUUUUGUCGCUCAUCAGCUAUGUCUCCCUGCGCAAAGACAGCCUCUUCAGCUCCUCGAAAUACUACAUGGGAGGGCCGCGGAUUAUGUUUCAUGCGGGUUUUCGGUCUCAGUUUGCCAUGAAUUUUCUCGACCCCUCCUUCAUCCCAUUAACCAAUGCCCUGAACGAGGAGCUCCAGGGAAAACCGUCCAGAUGGAAGUUCAACAGAACAGCAUUUUACCAGCAGAGGAAAGACAUCUACAAUUUCAUUGAUAUCUCCAACAACUUCUCCCUCACAAAGAAUAGCGUGAAGGUUGGCCAGCUGAUGCACUUUGACUACUCCAGCAACAAGUACGUCUUCUCCAUCAGUAACAACUUCAAGUCCCUGCUUCCGGAGGCCUCUCCCAUCGUCAACAAGCACUACAGCAUGUGUGCCGUGGUGGGGAACAGCGGCAUCCUGACAGGAAGCCACUGCGGCCCCGAGAUCGACCAAGCCGACUUCGUCUUCCGCUGCAACUUUGCCCCCACUGAGGUUUACUACAAGGAUGUGGGCAAAAAGACCAACCUGACCACCUUUAACCCCAGCAUCCUGGAGAGGUACUAUAAUAACCUGCUCACCAUUCAAGACAGGAAUAAUUUCUUCCUCAACCUGAAGAAACUGGAGGGGGCCAUCCUGUGGAUCCCCGCCUUCUUCCUACACACCUCCGCCACCGUCACCCGGACCCUGGUGGACUUCUUCGUGGAGCACAAGGGCCAACUGAAGGUGGAACUGGCCUGGCCAGGAAACAUCAUGCAUGAUGUCAACAAAUACUGGAAGACUAAAAACCUCUCUCCGAAGCGUCUCAGCACCGGGAUCCUCAUGUACACGCUGGCCUCCGCCAUGUGUGACGAGAUCCACCUCUACGGCUUCUGGCCCUUCGGCUGGGACCCCAACACAGGCAAAGACCUGCCCUACCACUACUAUGACAAGAAAGGGACCAAAUUCACCACCAAGUGGCAGGAAACCCACCAGCUGCCCAGCGAAUUCAAGCUGCUCUACAAGCUGCACAGGGAGGGCGUGACCAAGCUCAGCCUGACUCAUUGCUCAUAGAUGGUUUCGGGGUUGACUCCCCGAGUCCACGACCCAUACUCAUCAGUUCAAACCUCUGUUGUGACACACAGGAUAAGCAUGAAACGCGUUAAGGCAACUUUUAUCCUACCACACACACAACGCGGCCAACGUCAGGCUCAGUUGGGAUGUAAAUCGCGGCCUUGUGAUUAAUUUGAUAGAUAAUUGUGUUCUGUGGUAGUGUUAAGACUUCCAUGCUGCUCAGUUGUUUCCAUUUCUGCCAUUUGCAUGGCUACUGGCUGUGGCUCGACAAUUAGAAGAGAAUCAAGCAUUUGUUUCAGCCGGAGUCUGAAUGCUGGACUUAGCUGUGGAAACACGGAAUGUGGAUGAUUUAAAUUCUGACUAACAGAUGAAUCACCUUUACAGCAGUAUGCUGAUUCUGUACACUGAAAUCACUGCCUAAUCUCAGGGAAGGAGUUAGAUCAGUGUUUUUUGUAAUCAGAUUCAACGCCUCUUUAGUGGUACAGUUCUUCUUUUCAGGCCUUUUUUCCCCAAGAGGUGUCAGACAAUCUGCACUGCUCUGGAAGACGGUAUUUGUUUACAAGGCUGUACUCUGUAUAAAUAGCUACAUAAUAUCUAAAGAAAGAACUUUUAUUUUCUCUAAACAGUGUGAUGAUUCACUCAAAAUUUUGUUGUGAUAACUCAAAAUUUUUAGAUAACGAUCAACAUUCCAACAGUAAGCCAUAAAUUCACGAACAGACAGUGAUCUGUUGUCAUUUCAGUGCAUAAUUGUAGAAAGUAAUGUCGGCCUACAUUAGGUUCUGAGAAUAGACUUUAAAAUAUCUUCCUGCAGGACUUCAAUAUCCAUAUCCACACGAGUGGCAGCAGUCAAGUCACAAAACACUGAUUUUCUAAAGAUGAAUUUAAAAAAAGGGUCAUUUUACAUAAUAAAUUUAAUUAGUUUUAAAUUUGGGUAUUCUUGUUCAAUUUGGGUCGAGGUGUUUAUUAAAUUUCCC